AUGUCCUGUGUGGGGAGCACGGUGUUAGUCUCCACCUUCUCCAUCACAAUCGCAAUGCACCAUCGCAUCCGGUGCACUUGCAUAUUUACUCCUUCUUUCGAGCCCGCCUCCACGGACUUCAGCAACGACCACCUCCUCUGUCGUUCCAUCAUCAUCUCCGUCCUUGGUGGCAUUGGUCACGGCAAUGUCAUCUCUACUGCCCGAACCGCCUUUGAGCGUUGGUACGCAGCCGCGACCCCUGCACCGAUUGGUGAGGCCGCAGUGGAACAAGCAAAACUCCCCACCUGA